CCGUAAAGCACCUCGGCGGAACCGCCGGCCGCGGUUGCAGGUGACAGGCAAGGGCGCAAUGAGUCUGCUUUGCUGACCUACGGUGACCUGGAACGCCGGGGUUGGGGUGCUUAGCUGGUGUGGUUAACCCCACUUUCCGGUCCCCUCUGGUCCCUCCCCACGCUGCCCGCCCAAAGUGGGCGAUGGAGGCGCGCUUCACGCGCGGGAAGUCGGCGCUGCUGGAACGCGCCCUGACGCGGCCACGCACCGAGGUCAGCCUGAGCGCCUUCGCGCUGCUCUUCUCUGAGCUGGUACAGCAUUGCCAGAGCCGCGUGUUCUCCGUGGCCGAGCUGCAGGCGCGUCUGGCCGCCCUGGGUCGCCACGUGGGCGCGCGCGUGCUGGACGCGCUGGUGGCGCGCGAGAAGGGCGCGCGGCGCGAGACCAAGGUGCUGGGCGCCCUGCUGUUCGUCAAGGGCGCCGUGUGGAAGGCGCUCUUCGGCAAGGAGGCCGACAAGCUGGAGCAGGCCAACGACGACGCACGUACCUUCUACAUCAUCGAACGCGAGCCCCUGAUCAACACUUACAUCUCCGUGCCCAAGGAGAACAGCACGCUCAACUGUGCCAGCUUCACGGCGGGCAUCGUGGAGGCCGUGCUCACCCAUAGCGGCUUCCCCGCCAAGGUCACGGCGCACUGGCACAAGGGCACCACACUCAUGAUCAAAUUCGAGGAGGCCGUGAUCGCCCGGGACCGGGCCCUGGAAGGCCGUUGAUAAAGGAUCGUACUU